GAUAAUCUUCAAGGUUGCCAUAUAAUUUAAACUUCCGAUGAAAUUUAGUCUUUUGUUUUAAUGUUUUUUUAAGGGCAGCACUAAACCAUGGCGGGAACGAACUAGGUAGGAUUUUUUUGUGUGGAAUGUGAAUAUUACGAAGAUCCUGUAAAGUAUGAUAGAAAAACUUUACACCUUCUUCAAGAGAGCUUUUUUCAAGAAAUUUGUGCCAGUCCACACCAUCAAGUCCCUUGCACAAAGAUUCAAAAUCGCCACGGUUGUAAUAAUAUUUAAUAAUCCUAUUAACUUCAAGUGGAGUUGUAUAAGCAAAUGAGACCUCAAUGCAGAGAGAUUUGUGGUGAGGUAUGUCUUCCGGCACUAGGGGAUCAUCACAAUUGCGUACCAACACCUCAUCGUUUGAAAAUACCAAAUCUAAAAAUCUUUGAUUAUCAUUGCAAACAUGAUUAUAUUGGAAUAAGUUGCAUUGGGUUAAUGUAUCAAAGAAAUCUAAUUGAGAUUUAGUAAAGGGUCCUAUUGGUGCAAGAUGGUCACCCUGACUGUGCCAAGAGACAUUAGGAAAAUUAAAAUCGCCUAUAAUUAUAAAUUUGUCAUCCGGACAGGAGCUAACGAUAUCAAAUAACUUAUUUGAAAAGUUUUCUAAUUGCAUAUUUAACGAGUUGCCGUAAUUUUCUUUGCAUAAAUAAAGUGUACAAAAAUGAAUUUUUAACGUAUGCCUAGUAGAAGUUGGCGUGAGUGUCACUGUGACCCAAAGGUCCUCCGAUGAGGAUCGCCAAUCCGGACGACAAACCGCUGCAAGGUCCCGCCGCACAGCCAAGAGAACACCACCUCCUAACGAUUGAUUCGUAGAAACGUAAUCACGAUCACUUCUCCAGACUGCAUAUCUAUCAUCAAACAAUUCUUGGUCAUGUAUACUAUCCAAUAGCCAGGUCUCCGACACAGAAAUUACGUCAUAAGAAUUAAGGCUUACAUUUCUUUUAAAAAUAGCUGUCUUCGUACGUAGUCCCCUCGCGUUUUGGUAAAACACGUUUAAUUUAUCGAACAUUAUGGUUUGAAGAUUUUGUAUAACAAGUUAAUUGAAAAAAUAAUGGUAAAAUUGUAUAAAAUAAUUAAUAAAUUCAGGGAAUCCAUUCGUACGUAGAUAAUUGAAAUAAUUAAUAAUAUAAGUAACAAUGUAUAGCCAAUUAAUAAAAUGUUAUGGUACUGAAAAUAUAAAUAUAAUAAAUUGUUCAAAAGAACAAACAAAUCGAUAUUUGUAAAAAUAAUAAUAACAACCGUCGUAAAUAUCGACAGCGGCAUCUUAAUUUCAACGCUGAAUAAUCUUAACAUAUAAAUUAUCAAACUCAAACGAAUAUGUGUGGACUUAUAACGGCUAAGUACUUUUGCUUUAUAACCGUCCAAAUUAAAAUUAAAUCCACCAGAUAUAAUAUUAAUCACUAACUUUCGCCAACAAAAUAAAUCUAUUAAGUUUUCAAACACCGCAAAACAAUAACAAAAAGGUAAAAUUAAAAGCAUGCGUAAAAUUACGAUCACUAAGUGUUUGCAUAGGAUAAACCAUUGCAAUAUCAUUAUAAUAUUCACAAUAACGACAAGCGGGUGCAUUGCUAAAAAAAAGCUUUUAAAGGCGGUAAGCGAGAAGCGAUGUGCGGAAUCGGCCGAGGAGCAAUAGGUGGGGAGCGGUGCAGCUAGCAUGCGUUCGAUGCGUAAUACAAAAACAGCGUUUACCAACUCUCGGGGUCGCAACAAAGUGAAUAAUAAAAUAUUUGAACGUAAGAAAAAACUAAAAUAAAAUAAAUCGGUACCUAUUAGUAGUAUAAUAAUUAUGCUAUUUUCUGUAGAUCCGCUUCCGUCCGUAUUGUAAUAAUACCAGAUGUCGAGUUUUUCCUUGCCAUGAUCUUGCAGUGUUUCACCCAUACAUACUGAAAAUUCCUCUCCUUCGCCAAGGACUUCACUUGAGAGAGUAACCUUUUAUUGAAGACAGUAAGGUGGUCAUUAACAAAAAAGCAGCUCUCAUCCGAAAAUUCGGGACUUAGUUCCUUCAACAAAAGCUUCUUUUGAGAUCGUGCUGCAGCCACAAAGUCUUCUUUCUUGUAUCUGUUGUUAAGUGAUACAAUUAUGGGUUUAUAUACUCCGGGCUGCUGGGAAGGCAUUCUUGCUAUGUAAUUUAUGUCUCUCUUCUUUAUUGAAUAGCCGAUAUAGUCCCCAAUUUUGAGCACAAGGUCAAACAAAUUUUCUUUUUGUUUUUGAGGUACCCCUUUUAUUUCUAUAUUAUUGGCACGGUCCCAUUGAUCCUUGUCGCGCAGCAGUUGGUCCAGCCUCUCCACCUCCGCUCUCAAGAUAGGUAUCUGAGCUGUACGUUCUUCAGCAACUUUCACUCUUGAAUCCAGUAAUUUCAACGUGUCAUCUUUGAUUGAAUCAUAUCAUAUCAUAUCAUAGCAUGAAUGUGUCCAUAAUCCAUGUAAAAUAAAUUAUUUAAUAUAAGUUAACUAAAGGAGUUCGAUGGCGCAGACGAUUAGUUCGUUCGGCUGCGAUCGUUGAAGUUGAGCAACUUUCGCAGUGGUCGAUCAUUGUAUGGGUGACCAAAAAUCUUCUAUCUCGAGUUCCUUAGUGCUUCGGAAGGCACGUUAAGCCGUUGGUCCCGGCUGCAUCUGCAGUCGUUAGCAGGGUAUGGUCGCAAAAAAUUGUACAAAUAACAUUCAUGACAUCGUAACAUACGUAACGUACAUGACAGAACGUUACAUACAUGACCAUCAUAAAGCUUAGUUCAUAAUAGAACCUAUUAUAGUAGUUCUACUGGUACUAAAUAGUUCUAGGCCUAUGGUGGUGAUAUUAUAUUUUUUUGAUUAACGUUUGGCUUUAGAUUUUUUCUUCAUAUAAUAUUCUUUGGUUAGCCCAUCUUCUUUGUAGUUUUCGUACCAAGAAUGUGUUUUCAUGAGUUUCAGCACUAACACUUCAGUGAUAUUAUCAUUUUUCGCAGUAUCUUUUGACUUCAUUCUGCGACGAUAUUGACUGGCUCGCCACUGUUUUCUUUUUAUCUUUUAUUUUCUUCGGUACAUUCCGUGGUUUUCUUUCUUUUUUUAUUUUUUUCUGCAUUUUUUGAUUUUAUUUCUUCGUACUUCAAAGGAUUUUGGGUUCGUAACUUUUCACAAUAUUUUGUUUGCCUUUCGGCAUUGGUCAAAGGCAUCUGGAAUAUUUAUUUUUAACUAAUUUUAUCCUACUAAUAUUAUAUAUGUGAAAGUUUGUAUGUUCGUUACUCAAUCUAGUAUACAUAUAUUAUGUGUACCAAAUUUCGUCAAAAUCCAUUCAGCCGUUUUUGCGUGAUUGAGUAACGAACAUAUAAACAUUCAAAGGAUUCUCAAAAAACCAAAGUUAACUCAGACGAAGUCGCGGUAAGGUUAUAUUUUAAGUAAAAUAGUGUAAUCUCCGCCUUAGAAUCGGUCAUGAUUGUAACGUUACACAUUUCGUUACACAUUGUAACAUUCAUGACACAAAAAAGCGUGCGACAGAACCUAAAAUUCAAAUAUAAUUUAAUUGCAAACAACUAUGGAUUGUGACGUAGGGUUACCGUUUUCUGUGAUAAUACAUCUUUCUAAACACGUUAACAGUAUACCACAACAAGCAGUACUUACCUUGCAAUCAAACAUACAAAAAACCAUAUUUUUUGGCGACAAAUCUGAAGUCAACACAAAUUACGAUUUUGACGUGACAACGUCUUAAAUUAGGUUGCGGCUGGGAGUCACUUAUGAAAAAGUGUAACGCUCGGUAACGUUACGAUGAGUCUCUCGUGUUAAGUUUAAGUUUACAUGUACAAUGUUUUAGUAAACAAAAUAUAUUUCUAUAGUUAAAAUUUGUGCAAUUCUUAUUUUCAUUCAAUUCCUUGUUCCUAUUGUGCAAUUUAAUUAUAUUCAUAUCAAUAAAUAUUCUACCGAGAAAAAGACGUUGUCACGUAAAAUCUUCGCCCGUAAAACCGACUUUACAGGCAACCAUUUUUUUAUUCGGAAAAAUAUAGCCGAUUGUUAUUUCUGAAUGUUGGCGUCUUGCUUAAUAGUGUUGCAAUUUAUGAAAAUGGCAAAAAUUACCAAAUCACAUAAAGGAAACUGGUAGAAACAAACGUUACAUUCAUGACGUUACACACUCAUCAUAAAAUUGGACACUUUUUUAAAAACAAUUAAAUAUGUAACUGAAACGCUAUUUUAAUAAGCACGUUUAGAAACACAUUGAGAAAGUAUCAUAAAGCAUGAGUACAAUUUAAUAUUUACAAAAAACUAUUUUUUUUUCGGAAUUAUUGGCAAUUUUUGAUACAAAGGUUGUAGUUGGACAAACGAUUUUUGUAUGGGAGUGAAAGCAGUACUUUUCAAAUUAUAUUUUUUUUACAUAUAUUUUUUAGGGAUGGUAGGUUACAUUUCGUCAAAAUAAUCUAAACAGAAGCUCGUCAUUCAGAACAAUGUUCAACAAAUGACAUUUAUAAAAUAACUUCGAAAUUAUGAGAAAAAUAAAAUGAGGACAAAACGAAAACGAUAUUUGUACAAUUUUUUGCGACCAUACCCAGCACCCGUCAACCCGCACUGGGCCUGCGUGGUGGGCCAUGGCCCAAUCUCCCUAUUUCAUCUAUAGGGAAGGCCUGUGCCCCAGCAAUGGGGAUAUUAAUAGGCUGAUGAUGAUGAUGAUGAUUAGUUAACUCUGCUACCGCCUACACGGUCUAAUGUGAAUCAUCCUUGAAAAUUUCUCGCAUCGUAAAUUCCCAAUCCAGCGCAUCUAUCUAUUACCUACUCGUAGGUACCUACAUACGUUUAUAAAAUUCGGUUUCGGUAAGAGGUUGUAAUUAUCCCCCCAGCUGUUUUGUGAAGAUUUUAUUCUCAUUUAUUGUAUAAUCCGACAUGCGUAACCUAUUUUUAUCUUUUUGUUUCUAUCAGUUUUUGGCGAGAUCGUUCCAAAUCCCAAUUAUUCAUUUGGUGAAGUUUCGGAUCUAUAAAAACAAACUUUUCAAUUACAAACAGUAGGUACUUAUUUCGUGUUUGGUUAUUUUAAGAAAUAUGAUUAGCUUAUAAAAAGUUGGAAGUAAAAACAUUUCAUAUUCAACAAAUAUUAAAAACUGCUUCAUAGAAACAAAACCACCUAUAGAAUUAGUACAUAGAUUUCUUACCUUUUUAGCUUGUUUUUAUAUGAAGUGGAUUUUUAUUUAUGUUAUAAAAGAUUUUACCUUAAAUUAUUUAGUAUUUUAUACAAGAUAUACGUGUACAUUACCUACGAAAGACCACAAUAGCGCAAGUGUAACACUUUCGUUCUGCGAUCGUGAAUGUUAAGCAAUUUUCACAAUGGCCCAGCUUAGAAUGGGUGAUCAACCCAAUAUGUAUUUAUAAUAUCGAGUUCCUAUGUUGCUGCUCGCUGCAUCUGCAGUCGUUAGCCCUCACUAAGCCGCAUUAGGCCAUGACACAUUAAUAUGCUUUUAAUAAAUCCGCAUCGAAACAUAGACUUAACUAUCAUUAAAAAAAAAAGAUCUUGCUAAUAUAUUAUUAUCUCCGUCGUCGUUCAUUAUUGUAUAAAAUUUAUGUCUUUUUUUAACGAAAUAAACCCAUGUCCAACCUUAUCAACAACAUUGAUUUAUACUUGAGUGAAUUCGACCGUGUAAACAAAUGAGUUGGGAAUUAAAAUGAAAUUGUUUAUUGAUUGAUAAACUGUGGCAAUUGAUUACAUUUUAUUGAACAAUGCGUACAAUAUAAGUGAAUAAGAUUUUAAUUAAUAAAUAUGAAAUAUUUUUAGUAUUAUUUUCUACUGUUAAAGUUUAAACAAUAGUAGUAUGUAGCAAUUAAUGACUUAUUAAAUUCUCAAAAUUAACAUGAAAAUUGAACCGAAACAAAUUAAAUUAAGUUUGAUGCUUGUGGUUAGUGACAUUGUUGUUGACGCAAAAAAACAUUGAAUUGAAAUAAGGAAACAAAAGUGAAUUUACCAUUUUGAUGGUAUCAUUUCAGAUUUCAAAAAUAGUGGAGUCCGUACUAAUCUCAAGGCUUCACGAUGUGAUAAGGCAUAUUGAGGCACUUACUAGUGAAUGUGAGGACCUAACAGGUACCACUAAUAUGGUUACUUUCAAUAAGGCUAAGGCAGAAACAUUAUGCAAAAAAUUAGAGGCGUUACACACAAGAUUUUCUACAGAAUUGAGCAAUUAUUUCAAACUUAGUAAUGACCCAUCGGUGGACGAUAUCUUAGUAACAUUCAACUGAAGUGUGAAGAUUCUGACUGAAUUGAAUAAUCUUAAAGAAACGUCUAAAGAAACACGAUUUAAUAAUUCUGUGGUUACUAGUAAGCUACCCGAGUUCAAUCUCUCAGAAUUUGAUGGAAAUAUCCUCCUCUGGCAGUAGUUUUAGGAUCAUUUUUCCUCGAAUAUCGACGAACGUAAUUUACCAGAAGUAGACAAGUUACUCUAUUUGAAGUCGUCAUUGAGCGGUGACGCUAAAGGAAUCAUAGAUGAAUCCAUCUAUGAUUUAUAAUUUGAUAAUUUUUGUGCGUAAUUUCCAAUCGGAAAUCACGCACAAAAAUUAUCAAAUUGCAGUUACCACGCUUAAAGAGCGUUACGGGAAACCUAACCAAAUUAUCGAUGCUCACUACGCUGCCUUGUACAAAAUCAAAUGUGCAAGCAACACAGCUGCUGAAUGUCGUAAAACGUUAAAUGAAAUAGAGAAACACAUUAGAGUAUUAGGGGCGUUAGGAGAAAAUUCAGAACACAAUCAUCUGAGAUUUAUCAUCACUGAGAAAUUUCCUGAAGAUAUUAUUUAUGAAAUGAAGAUUUCACUGAAAUCCGAUUCUAUUGAGGACAUGAGGAAGCAACUGAAAAUUAUUAUUUCGGCCAGAGAAGAAGCUAGCCGAAUUAAACAAGAAAGAACAUCGUAUAAUGAUAGUUAUACAGUAGGGACACUUCAUGCGAGGGAUAAGAUAAAUCAAAACCACAACAGUUUGUACAAAGGAACUUCCGUAAUAAGGAAAGACUAAACGAAAUGUGAAGGAAACCGUUUGUGAAUAACGUAAGAACUUUUUACACAAAAAACAACUAUCGUAAUAAUGGUAAUAAUUAUCGUCUAACACCUAAUUAUCAAAUACAAAAUACGUCAUAUGCUAAUAAAAGAAAAGGAGAACAUCUAAACAAUAAGGACUUUGUUUCAAAACGAAUCAAACUUAGACCCUGUGUUUUCUGUCAACAACAACACUUGAACGACGAAUGUAGAACAGUAAAAACGUUGGAUCAAAGAAAGGAAAAACUAGGUCAACGAUGUUACAAUUGUUUCAGUCCAAACCACCAACUCAACGCUUGUUCCGUCAAAAGGAGUUGUUUCUAUUGUAGAGUUAUAGGAAAACAUAACAAGGCUAUCUGUCCUAAGCGUUAUUCAUACCAUGGAGGAAGACCAAGAGAUAGGAAUACCAAUACAUUUUCCACUAUGACAUCGACAUCGACAAUCUUGCAAACAGCAAUAGUAAAUGCCAGGAAUGAAGAAGGAUCAAAACUGAGAAAAUGCCGAAUCCUAAUGGACUCUGGAAGCCAAAGGACUUACGUUACCCAACAAGUAGCUAAACAACUUAAACUACCAAUAAUUGAAGAACAACAUCUAUCAGUUUUUAUAUUUGGAUCAAACCAUCCACAUGAAUAUGAAAGCGCAUUAGUUAAAUUACCUAUUUCAACAAAGACCGAAACAACCAUUAUUCUUUAUGCUAACAUUGUACCCACAAUAGCUCAACAAGUUUCUUAUCCUGAAAAGGAAUUGAAUCAAUGGAAGGAUAAAAUUUUACUAGCCGAUGAUGGUUCACUUGGAGACCAGGUAGGUGGUUCACUUGGAUAUACUCAUUGGAAACGAUUACUACUUCACGAUCAUAAAUACAGAUAAAAAACAGAUUAGUGACAAUUUAUUUUUAGUAAAUUCACAACUCGGUUGGAUAAUAACCGGCAAAAGAGAAUUCGAAGUGAAAGACAACCUUACGGUAAGCACUUACUUUCAAUCUAGCGCAGAAGUUAAACUAAACAAACCUGACUUGCCAAUAGACAACACCAACCUAAAGAAUCUUAGUUAGAAUGCAUCGGGAUCACAGAUUCACCUAAAAUUACUAAGGAAGAGAACGCAGUAAAAAACUUUAAUGAGUCAGUUCAAUAUUCUGGUAAAAGAUACUGUGUCAGUUGGCCGUGGAAAGAAAAUUUACCCAAUUUACCCACCAAUUUAGGACUGGCCAAAGGAAGGCUAGUGAAUCAAUUAAACGGAUCAAUAAAGAAACUUUGAAAUUAUAUAAUGAAACUAUACAAACACAACUAGAAAAGGGAAUAAUAGAAGUUGUACCUUCGGAAGAACCGGAAUGCAGCAAAUAUAAGAUGCAUUACUUACCUCAUCAUGGAAUACAAGCUUCAGGAAAGGAUUUGAGGAUCGUCUAUGAUGCCUCAGCUAAGGUAAAAAAUAGUUACAGUCUAAACGAAUGUCUUAGAGCAGGACCCAUUCUACUAGAAGACCUGACAAAACUCUUAAUAAGAUUUCGAUCACAUAGAAUCGGUUUGACAGCUGAUGUCGAGAAAGCCUUUCUACAGAUCGGUUUGCAAGAUGAUAGCAAGGACGUAACUAGAUUUUUAUGGAUCAAAGACAUAACCAAAGCAGCAACUGAAGAUAACUUAGUACAUCUUAGAUUUUGUCGUGCACCUUUCGGAGUUAUAUCAAGUCCAUUUCUUUUAAACGCUACAAUUAAACAUCACUUACUACGUUCCAACGAUAGAAGCGUACAGCAAGCCUCAGAGAAUAUUUACGUAGACAACUUAGUUACAGGAACCAAAACUAAACUCCAAGCGAUAACAUUACAUAACAAGCUAAAGCAAGAAUUCAAGAAGAUUUCAAUGAACCUAAGAGAAUGGAGUUCAAACUCAAGAGAAUUUAUAGAGAAUGUUACAAAUGUGAAUGAGGAAACAAUAUUUAAAGUUCUUGGAUUAAACUGGAACACAAAAGAGGACACAUUACAAUUGAGACCCAAAAUUAAAUAAAUAAAUAUUUCCAACACUCACACCAAUUAGCCUAGCCCCAAAGUAAGCACUAUAAGGCUUGUGUUAUAGGAUACUAGGGUAACGGAUAGAAUACAUAUACUGUACAUAUAUAAGUAUAUUUAUACAUAAAUAGAUAUUAAACAUCCAUGACUGGAGUACAAAUUGCUCGUAUUCAUUACACAAACAUCUGCCCCCACCGGGAUUCGAACCCGGGACCUCUCGAGUCGGCGUCACCAUGAAACCCGGCGUACAAACCACUCGGCCACGGAGGUCGUCGGAAUUAUAGAUCUACAAACAACUAAAAGAGGAAUUUUGAAAACCAUCGCAUCCGUCUACGAUCCAUGUGCAUAUGUAGCACCUUCAUUAUUGUCUCCAAAGUUGUUUGUACAAGAAUUGUGGAAGAAUAAAACCAAGUGGGACUCACGUUUAACAACUGAAAACAUAGAACAGUGGAGACCACUACACGAAAAACUACACAAUUGUCAUGCCAAUAUACAGAGAUAUUACACAGAAAACUUUGAAGACAAUAAAAACCAGUUACACUGUUUUACAGAUGCUUCAGCAAAAGCAUACGCAGCAGCAGUAUAUGUAGUAAACGAAAAUGGUAUAACCUUUGUAAUUGGUAAAUCGAGAUUAACUCCUAUAAAAGAUCAAGACAAUCUACAAAUACCUCGUUUGGAACUAUUAGGUGUAUUAAUCGGAACUCAGUUACUAAAUUACGUAGAAUCAGCUCUUCAAACAAAGAUAGAACAACAUUUCUUAUGGACAGAUAGUCAAAUAGUUAUAGACUGGUACAACUCAGACAAAUUAUUAACACCAUUUGUAAGCAGACGCAUGGAAGAAAUAAAUAUCUUAUAAUGCGAUACGUACCAACUGAUUUGAAUCCAGCGGAUGUAGCAACACGACCCAAUAAAACAAGAAUAAAACAGGAUUACUGGCUUGAAGGCCCAGAAUUUCUGUUACAACAUCCUAGCAAUUGGCCUAAAAGAACCAACCUGAUUAAGGAACACUUGGUCUGGGCAUCGGAGGAUCCGUCAAAGUCAGACAAUAGUUUGACGGCUGUUCACCAAGUAAGGGAAAUACCAAAGAACACAGAUAAUCCAAAGGAACAAAGGACCGAAAUCGAAGUGAUAAAGGAAAUUCAAGCACAAUAUUAUCCAGAUGAAAUGAAUAUGAAAACAACUAAUCUUAGUCGUAAUCUUCGUUUGUUUAAAGAUGACGAAGGAGUUUUAAGAUGUAAAGGGAGACUAGAAAAUACACAAUGGUCAUUCGAUAUGAAAUACCCAAUAUAACUUCCAAAAUACUGCUACUUUACAAACAAUUUGAUUAAGAAAACUCAUCAGGAGAACUACCACGUAGGAGUAAAUCAUACAUUAAGCAUAAUUCGUAAACACUUUUGAAUUCUACAAGGAAAAGUACAACUAAUUAAAGUCUUAAGGCAAUGUCCAAGAUGUAUCAAGCAUGGAGGCGGUCCAUUCACAUUACCAGAUACACCUUCACUACCAAAAGAACGAGUGAAUUACAGUUCACCUUUCACGUUCACGGGAAUAGAUUACCUAGGUCCAGUUCUAGUCAAAACUGACCAAGGAACUGCUAAAAGGUGGAUUUGUUUAUUCACAUGUUUAGCCAUAAGAGUCAUACACCUGGAGAUUGUACAAGACCUAACCGCAGAAGAUAGAAGAAUAAGAUAGAAGAUAUCAUUCUUCUUAAAGCUUAGCCAGAAGUCCUCUGGCUUAAAGAAGAAUGAUAUCCACAAGAGGAAUACCAAAAUUGAAAACUUCAGAUAACGCCACACAAUUUAAAUUAAUAGCAGAAAUUCUAACUAGUUCCUAUUGCAAACAGAAAGAAAUCCAAUGGAAAUUCAUACCUCAAUUAGCUCCAUGGUUUGGAGGAUUUUACGAAAGAUUAGUAGGUUUAGUAAAACAUUGUAUGAAAAUGACUCUACAGAAACAUCUAUUGAAUGACAAUAAGUUGAGGACGAUAAUAAAAGAGAUUGAAGCUAUAUUAAACACAAGACCUUUGACGUGCGUAGAUUCUGAAAUGAUACAUAUUUUAACUCCUUCCGACUUCCUCACAAUGGGAAACACUAUAAGCAUUGAUAUCAAUAUAGAAGAUAUACCCGUAACGGGGACGACAACCAAUUUAACCUAGUCAAGUCAUGGAAAAGGACUUUGAUUAUUCUAGAAGAAUUUAAAGACAUAUUUAUAAACCGUUAUUUACCUAGUCUUCGUGAGCGAUACCAAAAUUUAGUUAAGGAACCAAGAGUCAAAUCAGCAUUAAAACCAGAAGUAGGAUAAAUAGUUCAACUAAGAGGAGACUCUAUAAAUCGUGAAAGCUGGAAUGUGGAGAAAAUAGUCUCACUUACUCCAGGAGACGAUGGUCUUAUAAGAGUAGCAAAGGUUAGAGUUGGGAUCACAGAAUACACUCGAUCUAUUUCACAACUGUACCCGCUAGAGGUAAAUGAAAUUGAUGAUGAAACGCAAGCGAAGGUCGUUGACCAACCUUCAGAUAAAACAAGAUUUGUAAGUCAUGCCUAUACGCCUGAAAUUGAAAAAUUGCCUCUAGAAGAUUUCGCAAAUCACAAUGAAUCCCUAAGGGAAAGUAACCCAGAUACAAUAAUGCCAAUACAUUAUGAUGAUUUAUCUGAUCAUGAAACUAACAAGACAGACUCACAUGAUGGUGACACAGUUAAUAUGCCACAAGUUAUAAGUCACUCCAGACCAGCACGUGUCGCUGCGACCAAAGCCUUGGAAAAGAUCCAAGAGUGGACUCGCAGCCUUUUUAACACUCUUUAAUUUCGCCGUUGGGAGUGUCGCAACGGCAACACCAGUCGCGAUGUUUGAGGUGGCAACACAUAUCAAUUGCCGCUAUAACUAAUGUCAAUGUCAAAUGGAGUAAGAAAGUGAUGAGAGGCAUGGACGGACAUUUGCUGGUUCUUGAAGGUACAUACAAUAUAAUCUGUGGUAAGUAAUCACCCUUCGUCCCUCAAUUCUCCCUUUGUCACGUGUCUAUCGUCUAAAAUCUCGCGAUCCACGGUGGAUACGUUUGUAUCACGGAUAUGGGCUGCAUGUGGCAGCCCCACCCCCAAGAGGGUCGCGACAGACCGCGUGGUGUCGGUCAUGCGAGCCUACACUACAUACAUCGAGUUCGAGGUUGUUACUUAUGCUAAUAAAUAGUACAUAUUAAAUAAAAUAAAAUUGCCUUUAUUUCAGAACUUUCUUAACAUAACAUUGAUUAAACAUUUUACAAUAAGUCACGCAGUUCUGUGUGCCUUUUGGCAAAGGCCUCCUCUAACCGACGCCAUUCACCUCUGUCAGCUGCAACUCUUGUCCAAUACGGACCCAGAGUACAGCUGAUUUCAUCCUCCCAUCUUCUAAACUGGCGUCCUCUCCUGCGCUUUCCAUCUCUAGGAUACCAGACUGUCACUCGCUUGCUCCAUUUGUCUAUGGUACCUCUCAGCAAGUGGCCCGUCCACCUCCAUUUUUGUUUGUCCACUCUAGAUAGAAUGUCUGUUAUUUGCAUUUUAGAUCUUAGAUCCUCACUUCUUAUUCUAUCCCUUAGACUUACUCCUGACAUACUUCUCUUCAUAGCCCGUUGACAAUGAGUCAGCUUAUCCCUUAGCUGCUCCGUUAAAGACCAAGAUUCACAACCGUAGGUCAGACACGGUAAAAUGCAGGUAUCGAAGGCUUUCCUUUUAAUGUGGAUCCCCAGACUCUUUUUUUUCAUUAUUUCCUUCAUCGACCAGUAUUUCUUCCAACCAUAGGCUAUUCUCUUGUUGAUUUCUUUAGUCAUCUGGUCACUAAAAGAAAUAAUUUGACCCAGAUACACAUAUUCAAUAACAUAUUGAAAGUAGUCCCCAUUUAACAAUAAAUCAAUGGGAUCUGAGUUAGUCAUCACCUUGUUUUUUUCUUUAUUUAACUCCAGGCCUACUUCUAUACUAAUUGUAGCUAAAUCUUGGAUCAUAGUUUCAAGCUUCUUUGAAUCCUCUUCGAACAAAACUAUAUCGUCCGCAAACCUGAGAUGGUUAAGUCGACAGCCGCUGAUGUUUAGGCCAAAGUUUUCCCAAUCCAGUUUCCUGAAAAUGCUUUCAAGAACAGCUGUAAAGAGCUUAGGAGACAGAGGGUCCCCUUGCCUUACACCCUUGCAUAUAGGGAAUGGGUGGCCAAUAGAUUCUAAUUUUAUGCUACUUAUGCUUUGUUCAUACAGGUUUUUAAUUAUGUUUAUAUAUACUUUAUUUACUCCUUGUUGCUUUAAACUUGACCAUAUGAAGUGGUGGUUAAUCGUGUCAAAUGCUUUAGAGUAGUCAAUGAAAGCAAGGUACAACGGUUUUUGGUAUUCAUUGUAUUUCUGAAUAACUUGCUUCACAGUGUGAAUAUGGUCGAUAGUACUGAAGUUUUUCCUAAACCCUGCUUGCUCUACUGGUUGGUUCUCAUGUAGCGUUUUUGAUAGUCUAUCUAGUAUCACUUUAGCGAACACUUUAUAUACAUUUGACAUCAAGCUUAUUGGCCUGUAGUUACCAAUCUCAUCUUUGGCUCCUUUUUUGUGAAUGAGUAUGAUGUGGGAUUCGCACCACUGUUUCGGAAUGAGUUCCGUGCGUAAGACAUCGUUGAAAAUUGCUGCCAAAAUUGGGCUUAGAUCCACAAUAGUUCCUCUCAUUAGCACAUUAGGGAUUCUGUCAGGGCCAGGUGCCUUUUCUAGUUUCUGGGAGUUGAUAGCCUUCUCAACUUCUGCAAAAAGUAUAACUGGAACCUGGUUUUCUUCGAUUUCACUUUUAGAGGUUUCAAAGUUGUAUUUCGUGGUAGUGUGAUGAUCAGAGUAUAAUGAGCGAUAAUAGUUGGUAGCUAAUCUUUGAAUUUCUAUACGUUUUGUAAUGUCCCUUUGGUUUUUCUUCAUUCUAGGGAUCCAAUCUUUACCUUUUUCUCUUAGAACAUUUAGUGCUUUCUUUACACCACCAGUCCUUGCAAUGUGCUUUUCUAGUGUUUGUGAUCUCCUUGAAUGUCUAUCUUUUUUCAUGCUUUCUCUUAUUUGUUUGCUUAAAUUUGAAACUUUGCUACGGUUGUCUUUUGCUUUUUCUGCUAUUAGCUUCUUCCUUUCUUCCAGGAGCUUCAUAGUUUGUUCGCUGUGUUUGAUGUCUUUGCUUUUUCUUUUAUUGCCCUUAGAUAGUUCGGUAAGUUUUUUCUCUACAUUAUUAUAUUUUUCGACCACGUGUAAUUCAGACCUGGCCAGUUUUAGUAGAGGUUCGGCAACGCGUAUAUCCAAUGUUUUGAGUUCUUGAUCGUAAGGUACAUUAAAAAGGUUUCUGUUAAUAUUAGUUUCCUCGACUUUUUCGGUAGAAAGUAGUUAAGACAGCUACGUAGCAUGCGGUGGUUUGUGUAAAAAUUAAGAUUUUGUAUUACAUGUGUGUCACUAAAAAGUCUGGGUUUAUUUGUCAGAAUAUAAUCAAUUUCGUUUUUGGUUCUUCCAUCCGGAGAUAUCCAUGUCCAUUUGUUUUUGGAUUUUUUUCUGAAGAGAGAGUUGAGUACUGUGAGGUUGUUUUCUAAUAGGAAUUCCGCUAGCUUAUUGCCGUUUUUGCUUAUUUUACCUUGCCCGAAAUUCCCCAGAAUUUUAUUUUCUCCUGCUUGUCUCGUGCCUAACUGGGCAUUGAAAUCACCCAUCACUAAUAGGUUCUGAUUAGCAUAGUUAGCUACGACAUGUGUCGUAACGACAGUGUAUAUUAGUGCAAUAAUAAAAAAAACUUCCUCUUUAGUUUACGAAAUAAUAACUGUUUUUAUGGAAUACGCUGGCGUGACGAUCAAGGUAGCAUACACUAGGCUAUUCUUGAAAAUUGCUUAUAGUACAACUAAAUUUUCACAGAAAUGCAUGACGCAAAUAUGUCUCUACCAUAAUAAAUGUUUUUUUUUGUUCUGUAGCUGUUUUCAUUUUACACAGAAAUUUCGCCAAUAUCCCUUAGUGGGAGAGACAAGAUAUGAGAGAGAUUGCUCGGUAUUUAUACAAAUAAAAUUUUAAUAUUCUAUCCGAAUAACCCUUCUUCCUUGAGCUUUUAUCAUAUGAAACCGAUGUAUUUUUUGCGUGUCACAGCCCACUACGACACGUUAAUAUGUUUCUUACUUAAACCACACCACUAGAAAGAAGUAUACCAAUCUAUGGCAAAGGACAUGGUAAAGUUUUGUAUGAGCGACUGACUUAGUAAUAUAUAAUGGUAAAUGACUGAAUAUUUAUGAUUUCUAUGAAAAUAGGCUCAGGAACUUCUAAGAAAGUCACAAUCUUGAAAAUUAUUAGAAGUCCGACUAUGUCAUUACCUUACUACAGUUGAUAAAAGAUGUUGCCAAUUAUUUACAGAGUCAUCAAUUACGCAUUUUCUUAGAAUUUUUCUUCCCAUUUGUCUGAUUAACUCUUCACAAAAAGAUUUUUAAAGCAACAAUAAAUACAAAUAAUUUGUUAUCGUCGGCCUGACAGGAAAUCUGCGAAGUUUUAUUUUGUCCAUUUGUAAAAAAUAAAGGAUAAAUUAUCAUAGAGCCUUGUCUCAAGCCUGAUCACAAUAAUAAAAUCUUUUAUUUUAGGUUGUCAUUGGUGCCAAUUCUGGCGUGACUCUCUAAACUUAAAACUAAAUUUAACAUCAGUCUCUCCUUUUCAUUCUGUAUAGAGAAUGACAAGGAUAUACUGCUGUCAAUUUUAAGUUUAGGUUUAGAGAAUCAUGCUAGAAUCGACACCAGUGAUUUAUUAUAAUAAAAAUUAGGGCCAAAUAUGUCAUAGUUUGAAGGAGUUUAGAAAUAAAAUAUUUAUAUUUUUGUUUAUUUCGAUAUAAUUACACAAAUAUUUUUUGUGUACAUUUAUCGUUCAUGUAUUUUGUAAAACGGAACGUUUUGCUUUUAAUAAUAAUAAUCAUUUAUUCACAACCCUCAACAUUUUACAUUUAAAGUAUAUGCUAAAAAAGUCUACGGGUAUUUACAUAAAAGUCUGUUUUGAAACAGACAUGUAGUAAAUUUUUGUACUUUUAAAUAUUUAAUUAUUUCCCGAAAGUUGUAUGAGAAUAAUAAACACGUAAUAAUUAAUAAAAAAAAUAUUGAAAAGUUACGGGCUAGUGCGAAAUAUUUAUACACGUUAAGGGCAGUUUCUUAGCCAUGUCCUUUACUAGAAAAUAUUACACGCGGUCCCGGUAGCAGACGGGACUCGCGCCACAACACAAUAAUAUGUUUCCUUUUUAUCCAGGCAUGGUCGUAACAGCAUGAUAUCAACCAUCUGCGCUACUGAAGAAUUAGUGGAAUCCAUAAAAUAUAGUCUAUUUCGGUCAAGUGUACGUGAGAAAUUUAUUGUAGUGUUAACUACCUCACAGAAGGUUAUCGAAAAAUCCAAAUCGAAAUAUUUCGUGCCAAAUACUCCAUGAAACAUUAGAAUGCGUCACACCGACAUUUUAAGGUAAAAAAAUAGGAAAUUAAUAAAACUUAAGACUAGGCUGUAUGGGCAUUGUAUUUUUGCCUUCUUUGAAAAGGGAGAAUCUUGAAAUAAAAAAUCGUCAUGAUACAUGACAGAUGAGAUGACAGCUGACAGAAAAUUUCUGUGCGUGCGUGAACUCGUGAACGAAAACGGGCACCGCACUGAUUGUUUUUGUUUUAAAUAUUAUUUGAAAUACAAUUGUUUGUGCGAUAAAAGAAUAUAUAUGUAACAAGAUGUCUAAAGAAAUUGCUGAAGUCCAGCUUCAAGUGCGUUUCGUCACAAAGCAAGAGCAAUACGCUGUACCAGAUAGUCCGUAUGCUAUACAAAGUAAUUUCCAGUCUACGGAACUUAACACACUUAUUAAUGCUUUAUUGAAAGAAAACAAUGUUUCUUCGCAAAAGUCGGUAGAAUUUGAUUUCUUAGUAUGUGGGGAACUUUUGUGCACUUCACUCUCAGAACAUUUACAAGAAAAGGGUGCGUCCACUGAGGAGACACUUGAGAUUGAAUAUAUUGAAAGGUUUCCUGCUCCGUCACCACAGGAUUGUUUGAUGCACGAUGACUGGGUUUCAGCAGUGCAGACUAACAAAAAUUGGAUAUUAUCUGGGAGUUAUGACAAUAGUAUACACAUUUGGAGCACAAAGGGUCAACAUAAGCUAGCUAUACCAGGACACACAUCACCAGUUAAAGCUGUAGCAUGGGUUAGUUUCAAUGAAGACCAAGGUGUAUUUGUAAGUGGUUCACAUGAUCAAUCGGCUAUGUUAUGGGUAUGGAACGUGAAGAACAAUUCAGUGGAUUGUGUAGUGACAUGUCGCAGCCAUGAAAAGGGUGUGGAGUGCUUAGCUGUUUCCGCUGAUACACUUCGGUUUGCUACUGGAAGCUGGGACACUAAUAUCUCUCUGUGGAGCACAAGUCCUUCUGAUGAAGAAAAUGUUCCAGCAAAGAAAAGGAGUAAGCCAGAUCAUGGGAAUACAAGGAACCCAUUGGUCACUCUCAAAGGACAUCGUGAGGCAGUAUCAGCUGUACAAUGGUUGGAUUUCAACACUGUGAUAUCUAGUGGCUGGGAUCAUUUGUUGAAAUUGUGGGACUGUGAGCUUGGUGGUAUCAAGCAGGAAAUAGCUACAAACAGGGCAUUACUUGAUGUGGAUUGGUCACCAUUAAGCAAUAGCAUAAUUACAGCUUCUGCAGACAGAUAUAUUCGACUGUAUGAUCCUCGGUCCACAGACAGCAUUGUAAAGACGACAUUCACAUCUCACACUGGCUGGGUUCAGUCAGUACGCUGGUCCAAGACCCGUGAUACGCUAUUUCUAUCAGCGGGAUACGAUGGACAAGUGAAGCUUUGGGAAACCAGAAGUCCACGUACGCCGCUAUAUGAUCUGAGUGGUCACGAAGACAAAGUUCUUUGCUGCGAUUGGUCGAAUCCUUCGUUGCUGGUCAGUGGCUCUUGCGACAACACACUAAGGAUAUUCAAAGCGAAGAAUGCGGUCGGCAAUGCGUAGGUAAAACAUGUGACUAUAUUUUAUUAGAGCGAUUCACACUAGGGGUGUCCACUCUGAAAAAACAUCGAUAUUUUUUUUUAUUCCAUACAUUGCAUGAUGUCUUUCGAUGCAUCGGAUGAAAACAUCGAUGUUUUUUAAACAUCGAUUACUUUUUCUAAAAUUUGAUUACAAAACUCAACUAAUGUGGAAAGUGAUUAUCUCAAAAGAGGCCAUCUUUUUGUACAGUACAGUAUAGUAUGUUUUUUUUAUUGAAUUUUAUGAAAAGAGCUUAAUCCAUUAUUUUAUUAUAAUUUAGAUAAUUAUUAAUCUUUCAUAAAAAAAAAGAAUUAACUCCUUUCAUAAUGAGUAGGUAAAAGUUAAUACAAGUAAAUCCAUGUAUCAGAAAAAUCUGUAUUAUAUUUUACAAAAGAUCAAAUUGAAAAACACUAAAUAACCCGCAACAUUUUGCUCAGCCUGUCAAAAGAAUAUUAGAAAUAUACUUCAAUCUUAUUUUGUUUCACAAAACCAAAUGUAAUUAAAAGUUUAGAAACAUAGAAACUUGCUCGCCAGCCGACAUGAGAAAAGUAGUUUUUUUUAUUGUCUCUGCACUGACUCUUGCGCAGUGCUGCCAACAUUGGAUCUAUAUUAGAGAAUUCGGAAUAAUGAUGCGUUUAUAAUAGUAAUAGUGGUCAAACUUAAGUUUUUUUUACUGAGGUCAAGCCAAAGUGAUAAUCACUAUGUGGUCAAACUUGUCUAUUACCAAUCCGCUGUUUUUUUUUAAACAUCGAUGCAUCGGGUAUAUAGAAAGCUUUUCAAAACUUCGGAUUGAUUCGAUGUUUUUCAUUGCAAACAUCGAUGUUUUCGAUGCAUCGAUGUAUAUCGAAUAUCCCUAAUUCACACUAACAUAUAAAAACUGAUUACGAAGUUGACUUUAUGUAUGAAGCAUGAGUAUUUGGCAGCACUUAGACUUACUCUUGGAAAUACAAAUAUAUUUAAAUGUUUCAAACGAGUUUUAAUCAGAAUUAUUCUUAUUUUAUAAUAGUUUAACUUCUUGAUCUCUCAUUUGUUAAUUUAAAAUUGACUUCAACAUCGAAGCCCUUUUUUGAAGAGCAAAUUGAUGUCAGGGCCAGUGUCAAUUUAAGCUUAGUUUGUGUCCUUCAAAAUCAAAAUGUCACCUGUCAGAUUGCGUGUAUUGUGUAAAAUAUAUUUCUGAACGUUUCAUGAUUAUUGUACAAGUAUUGUAUUGUUUUUGAAACUUGUUAAGGUUCUAAUUGUGAAAUAGUGUAGUGCUUUAGAUUAAAACAAAAAAGGAAGAUACGGCACUCGAGGCUCAAAGGUCAUCCGCUUAAAUUGUGCACGAUCACAAUUCGCUGUAGUCACAAUUAGACAUUCAAACACGCUGCAUGUACACUUAAUAUAACAAUAUUGCGUAUAUUCUGUGUUAUAAAAAUAAAACAAUACCUUCGAUGCUUUUAUAAAGACCACUAAUAGUUCAAAAUCAAAUAAUAAAUGUCUCGGCAACACUUCUUAUUUGUAAAACUGUAAAAUAUUUUUUAACUGUAAAUUAUUUAUUCUGUCUCGCUCGCUCCAUUGAAUGUUAUUUACAGACGUGUGCGUGUGUGAGAGUUCUUAUGUAGUUGAGUAGGAUCAUAUUUUAUUUGAUGCUAAUAUGAGCGUACCGUAUCUUCCCUUUUUAUUUUAAUCUAAAUGUAGUGCUAACUUUAGUUUGAAAAACAAUGCAUAUCAAAAGUAUGAUUCCGGAGCAUGUGUCUGUGUUAAUGUGUUAUUUAGUUGUAAUAAAUUAGUUUUAAUAUAUUUCUGAUUUUCUAUUCAUAUUCCUGUACUGUACUCGUGUAAAUCACGAAAAAAAUAAUAUUUUAAUGAAUUUGUACCUGACUUGAGUAGGCAAGUGGUUUCAUAUAGCUUUUCUAAUGCAACUUUAAGAAAAAGCGGUCGCUAAACUUGUAUUUGCUAAUGUCAAACUUACGUGUUUAACAAUAAUUAUCAUUGGUUACCUACGCAUAGGUACAUAAGAUAUUCUGUCCUUGUAGAACUGUGCAACUCCAUUAUAUGUAGUAAGCUAGGUCGAUCAAUUCUCACGGUCAUCGCAAGACAUAUCUAAUACGAGGUUAAAAACUGAAUAACUUAUUAUUAUAUUAUUAGGGCAUAUACCCUCAAAAACUGAACAAGUCGUGUGUGUAUAUGCACAGCGCACAACGUAUCUUAUACGAACAGAUGACGAAAAAAUAACAUUUAGUUAUUACGCGAUUGAUGGCCACACAGAAACAUCAUUAAAUUUUUGAGUUAACUUGAUGCUUUCACUUUUACAUAUAUAGCAAGAGAAAAAGGUAGGUACUUAAUGUACAGACAGCCGCAGUGAAGUUACCCGAAACUGUAUAUAUUUUUUUCCAACUAACUUGGACAUCUGUAUUUCAGUUUAUGGCAACUCGAUGUGUGGCUGUCUGUACCAGACAGAAUAAACCCUCUGGACGAGCAAAGAAGACGAAUUAUAGAAACGCGCGUUGCCUGCUAGUUUUAUGAACUCGAAAGUUUAUAUAGGAACUAACUAACUGUCGUCCAAAAUGGGUAGCGUGAGAUUUUUUUUUCAAUAUAGGUUCGUACAAAUGACCACCCCACUCGAUGUAGUAAAGACCAGAUCCAAAAAAAAACUGGUGCAGCGGUUUAGACUCAUUUUUCCACGUUUGCGUUAAUUUAUGCAUAUAGGAGCUUACUUAUGCCUAGGUUGCUAAUGGUCUAACUGUAUCCCUUUCGCUUUCCACAACAAAACUAAGUGUCAAUGUGACAUACGUGAAAUACAUAUGUGACAUUGACACUUACUUUUGUUUUACAACUAGAGGUAUAUAUUGUUUUAAACUUUCAUUGUCACUAACAUUAUAGUAAUAUAAGUUAUUAACGGGAUUGUUACGAUACGGUGAUAUGUACCUUGUUUUUUGUGAGUUUCCGAUAUUUCGGCACUGU